AUGGGGAGAAAACCGAGACAGCGGCUGAGAGAUAGAAUCAGUGAACUCCCAGCAGAUAUAGUUGACAUGAUUUUGGGGUUCUUACCGAUUGAACAAGCUGCUAGAAUGGCUUGGGAUGUUUGGAUGUCUGCAACUUUGUAUGUAAUCAACAAAGUUCUCAACCAGCACAAUGGACUUAUUCGCACAUUUUUCAUUGAUUUUCAGCAUCUCCGGAAUACGCUUAGGUCUCGGUCAUUUGACUUGGACCAGUGGUUGCUUUUUGUCACCCAAAAAGGUGUUGAAGAAAUCGACCUUAGUCUUAUGGUUGAAGAUGAAUACAGGCUUCCGAAUUGCAUAUUUUCUUGCCUAACACUAAGGAGAUUGUAUCUUAAUGGAGUCUCUGUUGAAUCAAUAAAUGCCCAUUGCACAUUACCAAAUGUCACCUUACUUUGUUUUAGAAAUAUUGACUUUGAUGGUGUUGAUCUUCCGGUUCAAGUUGAUUUUCCUAUGCUCAAGUAUCUCUCAUUUAUGGGAUGUAAUAACCUGUCCAAUUUGAACAUUUCUGCUCAAAAACUCUAUAGUUUAACAAUCAACAAUUGCCUCUUUUGCCAACUCCCUUUUAACUUAGACUUGAGAUCUGUUUGUACUCUUGAUUUGGAUAGUUAUGCUGUCAAGGAUUUUGUUAAAGGAUGUACUAGAAGGGGACUGCAACCACAACCACUUGUACUAAAUGUGGAAUGCUUGAUACUAUCAGAAUCAGAAAUCUAUACCGAUGACAUUUCUUCUGAAUUCAUUCAUUUGCUUCGAAUAUGCCCAAAAUUAUGGGAACUUGAUUUAUCUUUAUCGCUAGCUCGUGCUGAAACGACAAAACAAGCUUGGGACAUCUUAGAGGUGUCACACAAAGGAGUUGUUCGGGCGCAGAAGUCUAAGUUGCAGUCGUUGAGAAGGUUGUAUGAUCGUUGUGAGAUGACCUCUACAGAAACGGUAGAUAUGUAUUUCUCUCGUCUUAUUGAUCUUGUAAAUAAGAUGAGGUUAUACGGAGACACAGUUGCAGAUAGUGCAGUGGUUGAAAAAAUUCUACAAACAAUGCCGAUGAAGUAUGACCAUGUGGUGGCUUCAAUAACAGAGUCACACGAUACCGAGGACUUGACAAUUGCCGAGUUAAAAGGUAUGAUAGAAAGUCAUGUUGAAAGAAUUGAGUCAAAAUCGGAACCACUAGCAGAAGAGGCUUUGAAAAGCCAAGUCACCCUUGAUAUGACUGGCUCUAAUCAAAGAAGUGGAGAAUUUGAUUGUUGGUAUAAAGAGGAUGAUCAUGAACAAGCAAAUGUUGCUGAAAAAUGUGGUGAGAGUUCUACUGAACCUGAAAUCUUAUUUUUGGCCAGUAACAGUUUGUCUGCAGAUGAAAACAUAUGUUGUUUGAUUGGGAAGAAGCAUAGAGAACCUUUUCCUGUAGGUAAGUCAAAAAGAGCCACAAAGCAGUUGGAGAUUGUUCACUCAGAUCUAUGUUCAGUGGAAGUUCCUUCAAAUGGAGGUUCUAGGUACACUCCACAACAAAACGGAGUGGCUGAAAGGAAGAAUAGGUCUAUCAUGGACAUGGUGUCCAACUAA